AUGCAUCUCCGUCUUUUGGACUCGGGUGGUUGGUUUGAUGCUCACGCGCUCAAAGGCUUGUUAAAUAAGGUUGUUCCGCGCGAGAAUUGCGAAACGCAAAAGAAUAAUACGUUUCGGAAGAAAAGAAUCUGGAAAAGAAUUGAGAAGCUGAUAGCUAGGGAGGGGCGUGUUCCUGAGUGA